AUGAUUUAAGGAAAUUUAUUAUUAAAUGGAGUUAGUAUGAUAUAAAAUAAUAGCAGCCUUGAAGGGUAAAAUUAAAUAAAUGCCAACUUUAUAAACUAAAUUGGUAGCCAAACUUAAAUAAAUGGCAAUGGAGGAAUGUCUAUUGAGAAUAAUACUGUUAAUUAAAGCAGCAGCUCAGCAAUAGGCAAUUUUGGGUCCAAUAACACUUAGUAGUAACAGCAGCAACAACAACAACAAAACAAAGAUGUUUAGUAGGCACAAAAGAAAGAAAAAAAGGAAGUAUAUAAAUUGAUCAUACCAGAAGUUUUUAAGGAAAAGUUUGAUAAGGAUUCAGAAGCUAGAUGGAAAUAACCAAAUGUUGAUAUAACUGAUUUCUUUAAUUAUGGUUUUUGUGAAUAGACAUUUCUCGCUUACGCUAACAAAUGUCGUGCAUGGACAGCUAAAUUUCCUGUCAAAGAAAAUUAUUAGGAAAAUAAAUACGAACUUAACAAAAUGAAUGAUAAGACUCCUUUAGAAUACGGAGGCUGUAGCAAUCCUUAUGAUGAAGAGCUGCUAGAAACUCCUUAAAAUUAUAAUCCAUUUGAUAGGGAUUAGUUUAUUUAAGUAAUACUAGAAAAUUAUAUUGAUAAUGAAACACUGAUGAAAUAAAGUUAAAACUAACCAAAAAAUAUGGUUGAAUUUCUUUUAAGAGCUAAUGUCUUAACCUACUAUGUUUAAAAGCAUGACGAACAGCAUUAAGAUAGCAUGGCUUAGGAAGAUUAGCAAGAUGGAGUAGGUCAAAGAGGAUACUAAAAUAACUAAAAUAAUUUUUAAAUUCCUGAUAACUAUGUCGCAUAUAAAGAACAAAGUAAAUGCCAAAUAGAUUUUAUAGCACUUUAGUAGCAAAUUAUGCAUAAUAUCAGCCAAAAAAAUGAAUUGAUACAUUAGAAUGAUAUUGAAAAGAUAUACUUUUUAAAUGACAUUUUUAAGGAAGAAUAUGCAAAUAUGGUUUAGCUUUAGCAAAAAACAAAUGCCACUUCUAACACAAAAAAGACCACAGUAAACAAUACUAAUUCAACUUCAUCAAUAGGAAAUUCAAGUUUGAAUAAAAACCCAGCUUCUAGUAUGAUGAAUUUUGCAAAUCCAUUCAUGAAUCCAAUGAUGAACAUGAUGUAAGGUAUGUUUAAUAACCCUUACCUAAUGAUGAAUUAACAACUACCUGCCUUCAUGAAAAACCCUUACAUGAAUAUGAAAUUUAAUAUGAACAUGAUGCCUAACAUGGGUAAAGGAGGAAUGAUGGGAAUGAGUGAUUUUAUGAAUAUGGGAAUGGGAAACUUAAAUAAAAAUAACUAUUAAAAUAAUUAUAAUUAGAAUAAUCAAUCUAAUGAAAACAGAUAAAACUAAAAUGAAUUAUAAGAUGAUAAAGGUAACAAUAACUAAAUGUAUUAGAAAAAUAGAUCAAAUAAUAAUAAUAAUAACAAUAAAAAUUAUAAUAAAAACUAAUACCCUAACAAAUAAAACAAUUACAAUAACUAAUAUAGAAAUAACAAUAAUAGUAAUAAUAAUAAUAACAACAAUAACAGUAACGCUAAUACAAGUAAUAACAAUGGUAAUGAUGAUGAAGAGUAUUCAAAGGAUAAUUUAUCAAUGCAAGAUGAAGAUGAUAAUUAAUCAUCUAACCAGCAAUAGCAAUCUUAAUCUAACUAUAAUAGUAACUAUAAAUCGAAUAAUAGUAAUAACAACACUAAGUAUUAAUCUAGAAAUAAUAAUAACAACAGUAGUAGUAAUAAUUAUAACUCAAAUGCAAGCAGCAAUAACAAUAACUCAAAAUAAUCUAGUAAUAAUAAUUCAAGUAGUUAGAAUAAUUCUAGCAACUAGCAAAGCUCAACCGGAAAUUCUAGCUUAUUUGAUAGAAUCAAAAAGAAAAAUAACAACUCAAGUAGUAACGUUUCUAAUAGUAACGAUCGUUAAUACAGCAAUAAUGGUACAAACAAUAGUGAUAAUAAUAAAUAAAGUAGCAAUAGUGGUAGAUACAAUAAAGAUUAAAGUCCCUCUACUAAUAAAUCUUCAAAAUAUGAUAAGGAGUCUUCAAGAGACCGCAGUGAGAAAGAAAAAAGAAGUAGAUCUAGAUCCUCUCAUAAAAAAUAAAACAAAGAAAGAAAGCACAAUAAGCGUAGCUCUCUUUCUAAAAGCGUAUCACAAAGCAGAAAAGAUAGCAAGAAAAACAAAAAAAGAAGUUCAGAAAGAUAAAGCAGCAAUAAGUAAUCUUCAUCAAACAAUAUAAGCAGCACAAAUAAUAAGAGUGAUAAGAUUAAAGAUUAUAAAGACCAAAGCAGCAAAUCUAACAAUGAUAAAAAGUAUCAAAGUUCUUCAAGCAUCUAAGAAGAAUCAACUCCUUCUAACCGCUCUAAAGAAAAUAUUCAAGCAAAAGACUAAUAAUAGUCAAAGCAAACAAAUCCUUCCAAGAGAUAAGAUAAAGAUGAAAAAAGCAAUGAUAAAAAGCAUGAAACUCAUCCUAAUUUCUUCUAAAAUUAUUUUAAGCAAAUAAAAUAAAUUAAAAUGCUAAAUUAAAAUAGUAAUUAGAGAUCAGACUCUUCUGAGAGGUCUAGAUCGUCUUCCUCAUCAAGAAAAAGCAGGGUUAAUUCAAGCAAAAACAAAAAAUGA